AUGAGAGAGCCAGUGCAGGAGCUGGCCACAUCUAUUUCCAUAUUGAGACGAAUGUUGAUAUCGGAGAAGAGUUUACAUCAGCAGAGCGCCUGGACAGAGACUACCAUUGCCAGGAUGAUGCUGCGCGUCGAAGCAGCCAACAAAGAAGUCGCAUCGCUCAAGGACCACCUCCAGGCGAAGAUCAACGUCAGAGACAACCUCCAGGACCAGCUGGACGCGCUGAGGCGCACCAAGAUGGAGAUACACCAGCUCAUGGAGGCGGAGAAGCAGCAGAAGGAGAUGGAGAGCAGCACGGACAUGGACGAGGACAAGCCGUGCCAGGGCGUGGUGGUCUUCCCCGAGCGCCCGAUAGAGGAGUCCCCUCCAUGCGCGACCUCAACACCAGCAUCGACACCAGCUGCGUCCACUACAGGCACGGCACCGUCCAGCGCCAGCAUCCAGCAGGCAGUCCAGAUGCAGGUCGAAGCUCAGCUGAAGCCCAUGGCGGACCAGAUGAUGCAGAUGCAGCAGAUGAUGGAGGACACGCCCGCGGGAUGGAUCACGGUGGAGGAGAGGGCCGCGGCCAUCGAGAGCGGCUCGGAGGGCGGACAGCGCCCUGCCAACGACAAGGGCAAGUCGAGGACGGCCAUGGCAGCUUUCCGCAAGCCUCAGAGACGGUCGGACAUCGAGACGGUCGCCAAGACAGCAGAGGAUCACAGAGUGCCGAGCAGCGAUGCCGCCCAGAUGGGUCCCUACGCGGAGAGCGAGUACUGA